CACCAGCCAUAUCGUUCGAGGUGUACUUUGAAAAGAUAAGAACAAAGUAUGGAGGCUACGGAAGGUUCUAUCCUCUACCCUUCAACUUGGCGACCAACAAGUGGUACCAUUAUUGCCAAGUGAGAGACUCAACGGGUAGUGAAGGAAGAGUCUAUCUUGACGGAGAACUCCUAAUUCAAGAGAAGGUUGAGUUUUCUCAGGAUAAUGCUAUGAGAGACGUCAUGCUUGGCCAAGACGAGUUCUUGAUGCCAUACUCACUAAGCGGAAGGUUAAGUCAGGUCAACUUGUGGAGCCGUGUCAUGACCCAAGAGGAAAUUCUGGACAUGGCUAAUUGCAAGGUCAAUCCCGAGGGUGACGUCAUCAGCUGGUCUGGUCGAUGGGUGACGCACAACUUGGAAAGAAAGGAAGUGGCACUAAAAGACCUUUGCAGAUCAAUAUCCCGAGGCCGCUCGACCGUACCUUUACCAACGCUCAGAUACCACCACGCUGUCCAACUGUGUAAAGGUCUCAAGGGUUUCAUUACUACACCUACCAAUCGUCAGGAUCUGUUGGAUGAGCUGGUGCCCUUUGAGAAUAUGGGAGGCACGGGAGCUGUGCCAAAGCAUUUGGCAGAGAACCGCAUUCGAGGCUUCUGA